AUGCCAAAGAGUGUCGAAGGAACAAUUUCAGGAUCUAUUGAAUUUCGUACAGAAACUGAUAAUAUACUCGAACGUGUUACAUUCAAAGAAACUCAACCAUUGCCAUCAUUGAUCGCAACACGUUUAGCAGCUAAGUCAAUAAUAACUGAUCUUCAAACAGAUGAUUAUAAUUCAAAAUCAUCUUGUCAAGAACGCUUUAUUGAACAACAAAAAGCAGAUAAAAAACAAGAAUUGAUCGAUAUUUCAAUUCAGCAUCAAAUUCUUUCACCAUUCACAGCAUUUAUCGGUAUCGAAACACGCACUGAACAAGAGAUAGCAGAAUCAUCUGGUAAAAUGAUUCUUCGAGAAGGCCUUAAUGACGAAAGUUUAUGUAAUAAUCAACAGAAGGAUGAUAUUGAAUCGUCAGAUGUCAUUCGACAAAUGAUCAACUUACAAAAUUUUAGUGGACUUUGGUCGAUUAAUGAUCUCAAACAAAUAAUGACAUUAUUACAACAAAGUACUGUAACUAUAUUAUUGAAAAAUGAUGAUUGGGAGAAAAUCUUAAAUGAUUAUAAAGCUAUAGAUAAGGAUGUCAUAUUAUCAAUGAUUAUUAUGUGUAUCUUAAUGAAAUAUUUUAUUAAUGAUGAACCAUUAUGGAAACCUCUUAUGAAAAAAUGUGCUAAAGCAAUGGAAAAUCAACUUGGCAAAACAGAAUAUAAUGAAACAACUGAUAAAAUUAAAGAAGUAGUUUAA